AUGAAGGGAAGUUCAGAUACUUAUAGGGAUAAUUCCAAUCAAGCAACACACGCAUCAACCUCUAACAAAACUACAGGAAAAGAAAGGGAAAAUAGCGAGAUACUGCAGCAAAAUUCUAUUGCUCGAGUACAAGAAAAGGAUCCCGCCAAAUCCAAUUUACAAAGGAUUGUUAGCGUUUUCAAAGUUGUUGAGCGUUAUAAGCAGGAGAAAAGACACGACGCCAGUUGCCUGAGGGGUGGGUCUUUCAUCGAGAAACCCAGAGGUCGGCACAACCCCUCCCUACUUUGGGGUUCUCUUCUUCGAAAGCAGUCCCGCACCGGAUACGCCAGUGAGAUUCUAGCACGCCCGCGGGGAUCACUCAGGUCACCGUCUAAAGGGGCGUUGGCAAAAGUUCUAGUUCAGAGAUCAAAGUCAUACGGAGAUAUAAUCAGACAUAAUUUAAACAGCAGAAUUAGAGUAUCAACGAUGGAACCACAACAACAGGCCGAUAUUAUAGUUGUUACGCAGCCCACCGCGACAAAACUCUCCAUCGGACGCUCAACCGGAAAUGGUGCAGUGAAAUCCAUACCGCCAAUCGCCACUAGUGCCGGAAAUGCCAAUGGAAGUGCCUCCGUCAAAGCGACACCUUCAGCAACCUCCGCCGCGAUCACCACGACUGUGAAACCGAAGCCGAAACUGGAGCGCCGGAAGUCGCUGAACCCUCGAGUGAUGACACCGCCGGGACUGGAGGUUCUCAACAACUCGGGUAUGCUCGCAGUCCGUCAGCAGAUAGAAAUGGACAUACACGGAGGCUGUGGCGCGCCCAACACGUACAAGAUCUGGGAUAUCAACGACGAACAGGUCUUCUUCGCUACAGAAGAGUCUGGGUGCUUGUGCCGAUGGACGUGCGGUCCCGCUCGUCGCUUCUCCCUGGACGUGUACUCUACACAGGACGACCAGGUUCUCAACUUUCACAGGACUGGUUGUCGGUGCGACUGCUGCUGCUGCCUCGACUGUUUCAUCUGCCUACAGAAGCUGUACGUGGUCGACUGCCUGGGUCGCACCCUUGGAGCAGUCAAACAGAAGUUCAGCAUCUUCAAUGCGAAGUUUGACAUCGUAGACCACGAUAACAACGUGCUGUUUAAAGUGUUGGGAUCCUUCUGUCCGUGCCGGUGUGCCACGGAGAUAUACUUCCAAGUAUUCAACAAGACCGGGGAACGUCAGAUUGGAAGGAUUCAAAAGAAAUGGGGCGGGGACCGCGGCGAUAACGUCAACGUAGAUCACGAGUACUUUGACGUCACCUUUCCGCCCAAACUUGACAGCGUGGACAAGGCGCUCAUACUUGGCGCGGCGUUCCUUGUGAACGUGAUGUAUAUGGAGAUGUCGUAGAAGUCCUCAGACGAAAUCCUGGACAUAAAUUAAUGAUAAGUUGUUAAUAUCACAACCCGUUACUGAAUGUGAAUAAAUAAAAC